UCAUCUGACUAAUCAAACAUCGUUUGAAAAUUAAGAAUAUCUUACAGAAUUUUGAAAAAAGUGACAAAAAUACAAAAAUUGUUUUGUUAAGAAUUAAGAAUCAAAAAAAACACAAUUAAUUACAAUUAUUAUUUAGUGAUUGUGGGCAAUAUUAAUAGUUUUUAACAUUUCUAGCUAUGAAGAAAUAGUUUGUAUACAUAAAAGUGAUUCAUUUUUAAUAAAAUUACAAAACAAUAAUUAAACAAUAAUCGAAAGAAAAAAGCCAAAGAUUAAAAAAUAUGAUAUGUGAUCAUACAUGUUAAUUAAUUUAGAAAUAUUUAGAGAUUUAUAUUUUGUCGAUUUUCAUACUGUGAAUUGACAUCAAUUUUUUUUCUUAAUUAUUGUCAGUUAUUUGUUAAGAAUUAUUGUUUUCCAAUAAUGAGAUAUAUAUUAUGCAAAUAAGAUAUCAACAAUUAAAAUUAUAAAUUAUUAAUGAUUGAAAUUAUUAAUCAAGACGAAUUAUAAAAGACAAUGAAAUUAUAUAAAUAAUUAGCAAUUAAAUUGACAAUGAAAUAGAAAUUAAAUAAAGAAGAAAUAUGUAAUAAAAUGUUCUGAUUAAAAACAUACGACAAAGUAUCUACAUAGGUACAAAAUACAUGCAUUUUGAAAUAUCAAUUAUAGAGGUCGUGAUUAUCUAAAGAUAUCAUGUCGUACAACGAAUUUAUGGAUCUACCUUGAAGAUCAAAUAUGAAAAACUGGAAUAUUUAUAUUUUUUCUGAUGGACCAAACACAUUCAAAUCUUUUCGGAUUGGAAAAAGUGAUAAUCAUAAAAUAGCAGGCUACUAUUUCAUAAUUGAAAAAGAGAGGCUAAAUGACAGCCUCAAACUAUGAUCGAUUUCCAUUUAUUCGACGACUGAUCAGAUAAUAAUCACAGUAGACGACAAAGUUUGUCUACUAGCAAUACAAUUAUUACCGAAUCAAGCUCAAAUGAAUCUCAAACAAAUGUGAAUACAACGGGAACGAGGAAUUCGCCAUCGAAAGCAUCAUCAACUAGUUCUUCACCCCAAAAAACAACUUCAGUAAUAUCAAAUUCUCCUACUAUGAACAAAAGCGUAAAAAUUGGAAAUAACAAAGAAAUAAUAUACGAAAUGAAUAAAAAUGGUAUUCAAUCAAAUGAAUCGCCAAAAAUUAACAAGAAAUUAUCUAGAACCAAUAUUUAUCCAUCGGGAACAAAUUUGACUGCUCGGGACGCUUUUGGUCCUAAACUUACAGUACCAACGACACCAGAAGAUACACCACCAUUACCAGGAACACCAAUAUUUUCUAAUGAUGUACCAAGAGAUUCUUUGUUACAAAAGGAUUCAUCUUCAGAAACGGAAAUAGAUCCUGAAACACUUUAUUUCCGAGAUGGUCGUAGACGCAUUGAUAUGGUUUUAGUAUAUCACGAAGAAAAUAAUGGAGUAAUGACUGAAUUAGAAGCGCGUCGAAAGGAACAAAGACGUGUUUUUCAACAGAAUUUAUUAAAAGAAGGUUUGCAAUUAGAAUUAGAACCAAAAGAAAAUUCUUUUGACGGAAAAACUUAUUUCUUAAAGUUGCACAUUCCAUGGAAAAUUAAGGUUCAAUAUGCUGAAGUAAUGAAUUUGAAAUUACCCACUAAAAGAUUUAUCACUAUAUCUGUUAAAGCUUGGCAAAGCAAUGAGGAUGUAAAAGAAAGUCCGAAAUUUUGGGAAAGAUGGAUACAAUGGAUAAAAGAGAUACAUACUUGGGAUACAAAAAAGUAUCCGGAAGAGCCUAGCUUUUAUGAUAGCAUUGAUUCUGGCGAUCGAGAAGAAAGAUUUGUAGUAAAAGAUAGAGAUACAGCUUAUACUCCUGCUCAAAGAUCUUUAAUAGUAAUGCAAAUUUUAUUGAGAGCACGAUAUGAUGAAAAUCACGAAAAGGCAGGUAUCCGAAGACUUUUAGCAGAUGGCACUUAUCUUGAUUGUUAUUCUCUGCAUGAGGGUCCAUAUAAUAAACCUGGAUUAAAUGGUGAAAAUUUAGAUAGAUACUUAUUAUAUUUAAUAUGGGCUAGACCUUCGCAAUGGUACAAAAGACAACCUCUAUGGUUAAUCAGACGAUAUUUUGGAGAAAAAGUAGCUCUUUAUUUUGCAUGGCUAGGAUUUUACACAAAAUGUUUAUACGCACCAGCGAUUGUUGGCCUUUUGUGUUUUAUGUAUGGCGUAGGAAGUAUGGAUGGACCUGACAAUGUACCGAGUAGAGAAAUAUGUGAUUAUAAUAUAGCAGGAAAUAUUACAUUAUGUCCUGUCUGCGAUAAAGCAUGUACCUAUCAAAGACUCGGCGAAUCCUGCUUAUUUUCAAAAUUAACUUAUUUAUUCGAUAAUCCUGCUACUGUCUUCUUUGCUAUUUUUAUGUCAUUUUGGGCCACGACAUUUCUUGAAUUAUGGAAACGAAGACAAGCUGUGAUAAUUUGGGAAUGGGAUCUUCAAAACGUUGAAAGUGAAGAAGAACCUCGACCUGAGUUUGAAACUACGGUAAAAACAUUUCGAAUAAAUCCUGUGACCAGAGAAAGAGAACCUUACUUACCAGUAUGGUCUAAAGCUUUACGUUCUUGUGCCACGGGUUCUAUAGUAUUUUUUAUGAUAUGCGUUGUUUUGGGUGCUGUACUGGGAACUAUUAUUUCUCGAAUAUCGUUAGUAUCCGUAUUUUAUGAAGGUGGAGGUCCAUUUUUACAGAAACACGCAAAGAUUUUCACCUCUAUGACUGCUGCCCUUAUUAAUUUAGUGAUUAUUAUGAUCCUUACACGAGUGUAUCAUCGUUUAGCACGAUGGAUGGUGAACAUGGAAAAUCCUAGAACACAGACUGAAUACGAAUCUAGUUUUACAUUCAAGAUAUUUUUGUUCGAAUUUGUCAAUUUCUAUUCAUCCCUUAUUUAUAUAGCCUUCUUUAAAGGAAGGUUUUAUGUUCAUCCUGGAGAUGCUGAUGCAAGAGCUACAGAAUUUUCUCGUAUAAAAACAGAUGUGUGUGAUCCAGCUGGAUGUUUGUCGGAACUUUGUAUACAACUUGCUAUUAUAAUGGUAGGCAAGCAAUGUUUCAAUAAUUUUGUAGAAAUAUUAUCACCAAAAAUGUGGAAUUGGUGGCGUAAAAGAAAUCAUAUUGCUGCUACGAAAGAUCAUGGCAGACCAUACACUUACUGGGAGAAAGAUUAUCAAUUGCAAGACCCUGGAAGACUCGCGCUCUUUGAUGAAUAUUUGGAAAUGAUUUUACAAUAUGGAUUUGUGACUUUGUUCGUCGCUGCAUUCCCGUUAGCGCCAUUGUUUGCGUUAUUAAACAAUAUAGCUGAAAUACGACUAGACGCAUAUAAAAUGGUAAAAGAAGCGAGAAGACCAUUAGCAGAAAGAGUACAAGAUAUAGGAGCUUGGUAUGGUAUAUUACGUGGAGUAACUUACGUUGCUGUAGUAUCGAAUGCAUUCGUUAUUGCAUACACGUCAGAUUUCAUCCCUCGUAGCGUAUAUGCUAUCGUUUACUCACCCACAGAAGAUUUAGUGGGUUACAUUGAUAGUUCUUUAUCAGAAUUUAAUACAUCAGAUUAUCGAGAUGAUAUGAAAAGCGAUAUGGAUACUCGUCAUCCGGAAACAUGUCAAUAUAGAGGCUACAGAAAUGGACCGGACCAUGCUAACGAUCCAUAUGGACUAAGCCCACAAUAUUGGCAUGUUUUCGCAGCUCGUUUAGCCUUCGUUGUUGUUUUUGAACACAUUGUUUUCGCUUUAACUGGCAUAAUGAGUUAUGUGAUACCAGCCGUGCCUCGUUCUUUGGCAACCCAACUUCAACGAGAACGUUUACUUGCUCAAGAAGCUAAGUAUGAAAAAGGUAUAAAAAGUAGAGAAGAUGAUGAUGAUAUUUUAUCGAUGCUUAGAGAAGCAGGUAGCAUUGGAAGAGCUGCAGGUGGUGGUAGAGGUAGUUGGGCAAGACGCUUUAGUAAAUUAAGCGAUGGCUUAGAUGCCCAUGUUGAUGUAGCUUCCAGACAUAAUAGAAACAGUGACGGUUCGACUGUAUGGGAGGUAACAUGAUUUUAAAAUAGAUUCAUAGAUAUAUAUAGAUUGUAUUACUUUCUUAGAGAUACUUAAAAAAUAUUUUUUAAAUACCUCGCUUAUUUGUACAAAAACUAUUUACUUAUAUAGUUAUGUAAAU